AUGCGGAUUUGGCUCGUACUGCUCUCGCUUGUACCUCUGAGCUCAGCGUUCCUGUGGGACCUGCUAGGAGGACUCGGUGGAGGCUUAGGCAUGGGUGGAAUGGGAGGUGGUGGCGGUGGUGCAUGCUGUGCUGCAGCGGCGCCUCCAAUGCCUCCACCACCACCGCCUCCACCGCCACCACCACCACCACCGCCACCAUCACCAUGCGGUGGUUAUCCACCAGCUCCUCAACCGCAGCCACAACCAUACAUUCCUCCACAGCCGCAGCCACAGCCUUAUAUUCCUCCUCCGCAACAGUCACCACCGAUGAUGCCUGCGCCACGACCAUAUAUUCCUCCCCCGCGACCAUACGUUCCACCACCACAGAGCUACGCCUCCCCACCACAGCCUCCACCUUACGUACCCCCAUCAGGUGGUGGUGGCUAUGCUCAGCCUCCUCCUCCACCAUCUGGUUAUGCUACUGCCCCAGGUGGAGGAUACAGACGAAGGUACACUAGAGGCGCUGAUGAACGAAAAGGAACAAGCAGCGAUGUUGAGUGCAACAGCGAUGAGCUCAAGGAGAUCAUCAAGAAGGCAAUGACCGAUGACGAGACCGAAACAAGGUCAAAGAUUACCGCUGAACUCGAGAAGAAAGAUGACAGCAGAAUGACAGUAUUCUGCACCUCGAAUCCUUUCAAAUUCACCGUCUCCAACAGCGCUGACUUCUGUUCUGUCAAAGGAGAGAAGUUCACGUGCUACGCAUUCGUCUUCACAGAUUAG